AAUAAGAAAGAAAGAACAAUGUAAAAAGGUUUGCUUAUCUACUCUAUGUAGAUCAACAGCAAGAAUGUAUAUGCAUCUAAAUUUGGUAGCGUGGACUCUUCAUUUUAAUAAACAUGAAGAAGUCAUUUAACUUUGAUGAUAAGUGUUUGGAAAUCGACCCGCUGCGACUGCUGCAAAAUUAUUAAGUUGUUUUCUGCUUGUGGAUCUUACCUAGUAUUAACGCGAUAAAUGUCAAGGAUAGGGAGGGCUUGUUAAGAUCAAUAAAUUAUUUACACUUUGCAAUAAAGUGAGUGAAUGCAAAAAUAUGUACAGGGGAAUUUCGAGGAAAAUUAUCGUAAAAAAACCCACCUGUUUUAUUCUUCAGGGUAUUUUUAUGUGAAUCUUGCUCUGCUGAAUGUUUCAUAUGCAUGAUUAAAUGAAAUUAUAUAUUUCCGUUGCAAAGAUGGUUUCAUCUUUAAAACAUAUAAAAAAAACUUCGGGAAAUUUGUUGACUGUAGACAUGUCCAAUUUAUUAAAUUUUAAUACAAAUUUAUGUGAUACGAAUAAUAAUAUAUCGGUCAGCAUUAUUCCGAAUGAGAUUACAGUAACGGUCGUGCGGGUUUCGCACGUUGACAGAUUCCUGAAAUUUCUUAAAAUGUCCUUGUCGGAGUGCUUUCCUUGUUUGCAAUUUAAGAAGGAAGAGGUUGUUAUUAAACUGGAUUACAGUAAUACUGUUUUACUGGAAACUUUCCCUCAGAUUUGGGAACAUGAACGUACCUUAGAAGAAUUGAAUUUAAAUUCUACACGGAUCAAUAAUUUACCAAUUCAAUUAUUUUAUUGCCAAAACUUAAGGAUUUUGUGUGUGAAUAAUAACAGCUUGGACAAAAUACCGGAAGCCAUUGGUUCUUUGCGCCAGUUAGAGCUUUUAAGCUUAAGUCGAAACUUUAUAUCCGUUUUACCAGAUCACCUAAGAUCGUGUAAGCAUUUAACACAUUUGGAUCUGAGUUGUAACAGUUUACAACGUUUGCCUGAUGCUAUAACGUCACUGAUUUCAUUACAAGAAUUACUCUUGAACGAAACUUACUUGGAGUUUUUGCCAGCUAAUUUUGGACGCUUGAUCAAUUUACGCAUUGUUGAAUUGCGAUUAAACAAUUUGGUAUCCUUGCCUAAAUCAAUGACUCGUCUCGUAAAUUUGCGACGCAUCGACCUGGGCGGCAACGAGUUCACAGAUUUGCCUGAAGUGAUUGGAGAAUUAGAGCAACUACGUGAGCUUUGGAUAGAUUUUAAUCAGAUACGCUCUGUACCAUCAAAUACAUCAAAAUUACGAGAAUUAACACAUCUAGAGGCGAACGGCAAUUUAAUUAAUUUUUUUCCAAAUGAUAUUACCAAUUGGGUGAAUGUGGAGGUUUUGUCAAUUAGCGCUAACAAUUUGGUAGCCUUUCCCUUUAGCAUUGGCAUGUUGGUAUCAUUAGUGACUUUCAAGUGUGAAUCUAAUAAAUUGAAAGAGCUGCCGGAGAGUAUUUUAAAUUUAGAAAAUCUUGAGGAAUUGGCGAUAAGCUAUAACGAAUUGAAGCGUUUGCCUCCUACCAUAGGAAUGCUUAAGAAAUUGCGUUAUUUAUUUGCUGACAGCAACGAUUUGUGCAUAUUACCAGACGAACUUUGCAAAUGCACUAAUUUGAAAGUACUUAGUAUUAGCCGCAAUAAAAUUACCGGAUUACCCCAAAAUAUUGGCCAAUUAACUCAGUUGAAAGUUCUGAAUAUUGUUCAAAAUCAUAUUUCAACGUUGCCGGCUUCUGUAUUAAGUUUGGUAAGCUUAACUUCUUUAUGGAUGAGUGAUAAUCAGUCGAAACCGCUCGUGCCACUUCAAUAUACAGAUGUCAACACGAAAACACAAUUGACUUGUUUUAUGUUGCCACAACAUGAUUCUACAUCUUAUCGAAAUAAGGUGACAAAGGCGAAAGGCGACAUAUGUGAAGGUGAACACACCUUAGAUCAACAACGCAAACUGCUGGUAAAACCAGCCAACAGUUUUAUGGGUCAGAUGCGACGUAUAUGUUUUGCCGAACAAACUGUAAUACUCUCAGCUUCUGAUAGAUGCGCCGUUUCUAGGUCAGGUGGUAAUUUGAGACAUAUCAAUAUCGCGGAAGAAGAAACUUCGUUGUCCACUUCAUUAAGCACUUUACCGUAUGCGGGUGUUAAAGCAAACGCUAAGAUGGUUGAAGCUCCCAAAGAUGUUUUAACGCGUUCGCCUACGCCUUAUCCACAACAAUUGCGAUUAAUGUCACAUUACGUGCGAAAUGGGCAAUGGGUUAACACCUGCUCUGCGAGGAGGUUUAGUAACUUCUCUGAAGCUAGGCUUAACAAAAAUUGCCAUCAUCUCAGCAAUAGCUCGAAUGAAACGACCCUCCGUUCUAGAAAUUACGUCAAUAGUAUACAGGCGAACAAUAAAAUGUUUAUAGGAGCAGCUCAAGAAACAUCAACGCAAUUGUUUGAUGACAAUAGUCCAGUAGUAUAUACUACGAACUGUGGUAUUACGUUAUGCAAAAAAAGUAAUAAUGUGUUGCAACAUAUACUAAAAACCGCCAGCAACGAUAGUUGGUAUCAAAAAACUUUUACAGAAAAUUCUACAACCCAUGCUUUUUGUAAUAAAAUUGACAGGGGCGUUUCUGACAACUGCCAACAAGACAUUGUGCCAGUUCUUAGGAAAGGUCAAAAUCUUUCCGAUUUAACGAGUAGGGGUUAUUAUAGACCACACCUGCUAAACACUGAUAACGCCCAAUAUACACAUUCCAUUCCGGAUAUGCAAUAUCAGUUACUCCAACCGCCGCCUUAUUAUAUAGCGCGCAGUUUUACAAAAAAAACCCCGGAAGAUUUGACAAAUUACGAAGCCGUACGUAAACAAAGGCAAAAAUUACAAAAUAGUAACUAUCAUCAAAAUCAGCAACAGCAACUAUGUCAAGCGGAAUAUCAUACGCAAGCUAAGCAUGGAGAUGUGGUUUACCUACGUCAGGGAAGAAAAACUCCUAAGAUCAUUGACAAACCUGCAGUUGAUGAAAUCCUUGAUAUCAAAAAUAAUUUUGAUAAACAUCAGUCGCGCCUAGAUAGUUGCCGCAAUCAGCAAAAAAAUCUCAUCACAGAAGCGUUAAAAUGUUAUCACACCGAAACAAAAGUAUUAAAUGAUACAACUUCAACUAACGUAAAUGAUUUCGAAACUAAAAAUACAAACAUGAUUGCGUUAACUCCUCCAGAAGGAUCAUCAUUUAAUAGCAUUUCUCAAGCUAAACCUAACACAUCAUGGCUAUUUGGAGUACCCCAGAAUCCGACUGUGGUAUGAGAAUUUUAAUUAGCUUUGAAUCUUUUUUGAAUAUGUGAACUGAAUUCAGUCUGCUGUGUUGUGCUCAGUUCAGGUUAUUGAGAAAGGAAUUUAGUUAGAUUAUUAUCGACCGUUAGCAAAGCUAACUUUGAAUUUUAUUUUUAACGCGAAAGCAUGAGGUUGUACGACACAUUUGUCCUUGCGUGGAUAGCGCUCUUAUAUGCUGACAUUAAGAUAAACCAAUUUGUAUCGAAAAUGUUGAGAUAAAAGGCUAAAAUUUUUUAGUUAAUGACAAUAGAUUAUAUUUUUGAUUUGCUCUACGUAAACGGAAUAGGCGCAAAACUUAUCUAGGUCCUACGGUCAAAAAGCAAAAAAGAUAAUAGCUAAGCUUUCGUGUACUUAAAUGUUCUUUUCGCCUUUCUCCAGUUGCGCACUCAGCCGUGGUUUUAGUUUAAUCUUAGUACUCCUCCUUCUUACAUUUGAAAUAUCCUGGGAAUUGUUAAGAUUUGCGCUAGUUGUUGGAUGCGUCGGCAGACAGCAAUGGACUUGCCAGUCUAGUCCGGGCAUCUUGGUGUUAGAAUUGCAACUAUAAAAUAGACAGCUCUGUGUCUGCAAUAUUUAACUAGUGAUAUAUAUAAGAAAAGCUAACUAUACGUAAAAAUUAAUUAUAUUACGCUAAAAACAUAUGACCUGCUUAUGAUUCAUUGUAGAACCAAAAGGAAGUUGUGACUUUCGUCCUCCCAAUAUGAAACCCACAACUAAUAAAAUUCAUGUCAUUUUUGCAUUCAAUAUUCACACAGGUGGUUUCAAGUCAUACAACUUCCGUUUUAAUUUACAGGCUUAUUAAAUAUUUAGCUUAUCUUCGAAAAAGAAAAGAUUGCUUCAUAAAAACUUCUUCAAUUAAAUCACUGUUAAGAAGUACUACAGCAACAUCAAUGUGGUAAAGCAACAAAUCUAUAAUUUGUUUCAUUAUACCUUUCAACUUUUUGUUUAUAUGUUCAGAAAUCAUGUAGUUUUUGUAUUUGCUGGAAUUCAAAUUUCCAGUUUUAAAAUGAAAAACAGAAAACAUGAAAUAUUUGAAAUUCAAAUAGAUGAGAAUUUAUUUUAUAUAUGGAUAUGCAUCUACAAAUUGGAGAUGCAAUCGAAUGAGGCCAAUCGAAAUUAAAUUUAAAAAAAUGAUAUUGAUUUUCGUCAAACAAAGGAAAACAAGAAAUAGUGGUGCAAAGUAGGUA